CCUCCUAUCCGACUCUCAGCCAUGUUUGUAAGUAAUGUCAACAUCACUCGUAGUUGAACAGUUCAUUAGCAAAAGAAGCCCUGAAAUUCUCCUUGGGAGCUCCUGAUGUCUUUACUUCAGGACAUUUGGCUGGUGGGAGAGUGAUAUUUUACGCUAGCGUGGUGCCUUUUUGCAGGAGUUGGCUGAGAAGUGCUGUGGCAUUGGACAARCCAACAUGGAACUCGAGAGAAAGAGGAUGGAAACACUGGAGAAAAACGUUAGAAAUCCAAGGAGUGCGCUCUACAUUGACGGACUUUUGGAUGGAAUUGAAGCGCUCGUCAACGAUUGCAACUUCCCCCAGAUACGACGCAACAAGAAUGUAGAGAACUUUUUACAAAGAUACGAAGGGCCGACUAAAACUAUCCAAGAUAACAGAUUACGGUCCAGCGAUUUCAAUAUUCUCAAAGUCAUAGGCCGAGGAGCUUUUGGAGAAGUGCAACUGGUACGCCUUAAACACUCUGACAAAGUCUACGCCAUGAAACUUUUGAGCAAGUUCGAAAUGAUUAAGAGAUCUGAUUCCGCUUUCUUUUGGGAAGAGCGAGAGAUUAUGGCGCAUUCAAACAGUCCCUGGAUUGUCAAGCUCCAUUAUGCCUUCCAAGAUGAAAAAUACUUAUACAUGGUUAUGGACUACAUGGCAGGUGGCGAUCUUGUUAACCUGAUGAGUAACUAUGAAAUCCCUGAAAAGUGGGCAAAGUUCUACUGUGCAGAAGUUGUGUUGGCUCUUGAUGCCAUUCAUUCCAUGGGAUUUAUUCACAGAGAUGUCAAACCAGAUAACAUGUUACUUGACCAGGAAGGGCACUUGAAAUUAGCUGACUUUGGAACUUGUAUGCGAAUGGAWAAGGAUGGCAUGGUAAGAUCUGAUACAGCUGUUGGUACUCCAGAUUACAUAUCACCUGAGGUAUUGAAAUCCCAGGGAGGUGAAGGACACUAUGGAAGAGAGUGUGACUGGUGGAGUGUUGGUGUCUUUUUGUAUGAAAUGCUUGUUGGUGAUACGCCAUUUUAUGCAGAUUCCCUGGUUGGAACAUAUGGAAAAAUUAUGGAUCACAAGAAUUCACUACAGUUUCCUGAAGAUAUUGAAAUGUCAGCCCAGGCCAAGAGUCUCAUCAAGGCAUUCCUUACAGACAGGGCACAGAGGCUUGGUAUGACUGGUAUACAUGAAAUUAAAGCCCAUAAAUUCUUUAACAAUAAUGACUGGGAGUGGGACUCCAUAAGAGAAGCUAUCCCUCCUGUUGUCCCUGAACUUAGAGGUGAUGACGAUACUUCAAAUUUUGAUGACAUCCCWGAUCCAGAUGCAGGAGAAGAGUUUUUUCCUGUCCCUAAGGCUUUUGCUGGAAACCAUUUACCAUUUAUUGGAUUCACCUAUUCUAAAGAAAAAAGAUGGGCAACCAGGUCAGACAUGCCCAGUGAUGUCUUGGUAAGUGGGGAUGGUAGUAACUUUGUAAAUAAAACUUCUAAUGAAACGAUUGAAUUGGUAAACCAAAAAAAUGYCAAGCUGGAAAAAGAACUUAACAAUGCUAUGCAAGAGAAAGCAGAAAUAGAGCUUAACUUCAGAAAUGCUAGUUCAAAGCUUGAAAAAGUUUUAAGAGAAUUCGAAAAAGAGGCUGAGGCCAGAAGAAUUACAGAGGCAAAGAACAGAGACAUGGAAAGAGAUGCGGCACAGUUUAAAUAUGAUUUAAGAGAGGCUCAGCGUAAAGUUGAAUAUGAAACAGACAAUAAAAGAAAAUUGGAAAAUAAAGUGCAAGAGUUGCAAAGUCGCCUGGAUGCAGAAUUAUCACAGAGGGAUAAGAUAUCUCAAUCAUCACAAAAUGUCCAGUCAAGAAUUACAUUCCUAGAGAAACAGUUAGCAGAACACCAAGCUCAGAUGAAGACUGAGGCUGAGGCAUACGCUAAGACUAAGAAAUUACAUGGAGAUCUGCAAAAGUCAUAUGCAGUUCUGGAGAGGUCUUAUGGUGAUCUACAGGAAAAGAACAGAGUUAUYAGUGAUCAGAAGCUUUCACUGGAACGAGAGCUGAUCAAGGUCCAAGCAAGUCUAGAAGCAGAAGUUAACAUGAGGGUGCAAGCAAAUAGUGCUAAAGCAGCAAUAGAGUCCCARUUUCAAUCAUUACGAGAUGAACAUGAUCAGCUUAAAUCAAGAACUUCCUCUGAUGCACGGGUACAGCAGAAACUGCAGCAAGACUUGAUAAACCUUGAAAAAGAGAAAGCCAACACAGAAUAUGUUCUAAAAUCUUUACAACAAAAGUUUGAACAAGCAACAUUAGAUUACAAGACUCAGAUAUCAUCAUUUAUGACAGAGAAGAAACGUCUGUCGCUUACUUUGGAAGAGCAACAUGUCCAGGAAAGGGUUGAACAAACGAAAACAAUGGAAAGGCUCAAGCUYGAACAAGAAGCAAGAGCCAAAGCUGAGGCUGCUGCUGCUGAAGCUGAGAGAGCAAGGACUGUUAUGGCUGCUGACUACAAGGAUGUUUCUCAGAAACUACAGAGAGUCACUGAAGAGCUGAAUGCUUUACAGGAAAAGAAAGGAAACGACAAUGCUAAACUGAAUGCAGAAUCCCAGAAGAGAGCACAACUGGAGGGGGAGCUAGAAUCCAAGACCAAGGAACUAGCUGCCAUAAAAAGUACAGAGAAACAACUGCAAAAGCGAAUGGAUGACAUUCUGGAAGAGAAGCAUCAACUCGAAGAAGGAUACUCCAAACUAAAAAGUGCAAGCGCCAUGGAUGAUUUACAGAUGAAAGAACUACAAGACCAGUUAGAAGCAGAGCAGUACUUCUCGACAUUGUACAAGACUCAGGUGAAAGAACUAAGAGAAGAAAUGGAUGAGAAAAACAAACAGAUCCAAGAUAUUCAGAGCGAAGUUAAACAUUUACGAGAAGAAAGGGAAUCACUGUCUGCCCAACUAGAACUGACGCUAACUAAAGCAGACUCUGAGCAGUUGGCGCGCUCGAUCGCCGAAGAACAGUACUCAGACCUGGAGAAAGAAAAGACAAUGAUAGAACUAGAAGUGAAAGAACUGAUAGCUCGACACAAGAGUGACAUGUCUGACAAAGCUGCUCAGAUAACCCAACUAGAAGAAUUGAACCAACAGUUGACUUCUAGUUUGGAUCAGAAAGUACACGAAAAAGAGGAAUUGAAUAGUCAGAUAAAUCAAAUCAAAGCUGAGCUUGAGAAAGCCAAUGAUAGCAACAAGGAUAUUGAAACUGCUACUGAGCAAAUCAAGAAACAGUUGCGCAUCGAACAGACAUUGAAAAUCCAAGCUGUGAACAAACUCGCUGAGAUCAUGAACAGAAAAGAUUGGAGUAAAGAUAGCCAAAAACGGAAUAAAGUGUCGUCGGCUGACUUGAGAAAGAAAGAAAAAGAAUGUAAAAAACUUCACCAAGAAUUAGCUGCGGAGCGUGAAAAGUAUGCUCAGAUGACAUCCAAGUACCAGACUCAGUCGGCAGAAGUUACUGUUAAUCUACAGAUGGAAAUUGAACAGAGACAGAAAAUGCAGAUGGAGUUGGAAUCGAAAGAUUUGAUGAUCGAACAACUUACGAACAAACUAAAGAAUGCAGCUGCAAAUAUCAGUGUUAAUGAAGAAAAACCAUCAAUCUCAGCGAGUAUGAACAAAGAAGGGUGGAUAUCGGUACCCAACAAGCAAAAUAUUAAAAAAUAUGGGUGGAGAAACCAGUAUCUUGUCGUUAGUAGUCGUAAACUGUUUUUCUAUAAUUCCGACAAUGAUCACAAGAAUGGUUCUACUCCAGUCAUGAUUCUAGAUAUUGGUAAAUUAUUCCAUGUGCGAUCCGUGACACAAGGUGACGUAAUUCGUGCAGAUGCAAAGGAUAUUCCUAGAAUAUUUCAGAUUCUUUACGCAAACGAAGCAGAAAGUAUAAACCCCGUAGAAAAAGAAAAAGAAGAGCAACAAUCACCCGAGGAAAAAAUGGCCACCAUUAAUUACAUGCGCCAUCAGUUCAUCCCAAUGCAUUUUCACAUGCCGACUAAUUGUGAAUCGUGUAGUAAACCACUGUGGCAUAUGUUCAAACCUCCUCCUGCUCUAGAAUGUAGACGCUGCCACGUAAAAUGUCACAAGGACCAUGUAGACAGAGAAGAGGCAUGUAUUCAGCCUUGUAAUGUAAAUGCAGACAUGAUCUCUGCUAAGGACCUUCUGGUCUUGGCUGCAUCGCCGGAUGAGCAAAAGGAAUGGGUCUUGUAUCUCAGCAAAAAAAUAGUUAAAARACCACCAAAAUCAAAAAGUUCAGUUAGGCAUCCAUCAGAUGAACAAAAUAUGAGAAGACACAUCAGCGAGCGAUCCAUGUCUACACAACAGCAGCGUGUACAGCCUUCUCAACCACAACGAUCGACAUCCAUGUCUUCACAAGCAAGACACAAGACAUAAAGAUAAUCAUAGGAUCGACAUCGUGUAGAGUUGUACUUUAUAUGUUUACAAGACUAAAGAAGGAGAUGACUGUUGAUCCAACACACAGACACCUAGAAUCUCUGUCAUUAAUCAUCACCUUUUACUGUUACUAACAAUAACCUCAAAGGAACUCGAUCUUUUUGCGCAUUUGAUGCAGCCUUAGAUAUUUCUUAAUAYCUUCGAAUUACAGCACACUUCGUCGUGCUAAGAAAAUGAAAAGUUCAUAUAAUAGUUACAUAGGGCACAGCGCUGUCGAAGCAUAGAUUACACCAUUCGAACCUAGCUCUAGGAAUGAUUGUAUUCAAAUAUGAAUCAAAUAUUCUUAAAUACCUUUAUAAAGUGGUCGUAAAUCUAUCAACUUAGAAAAAGCUUUAUUAUACAUCUGAAGAAAAUUGUACGAAUGAUUUUGUAAGGACACAAAUAGGAAAUCUUAUCUACUGAUAACUUUGAA